GCCCCCUCCUCUCCCUCUCGCCACUUCCGGGGGCGCCACAAAAGUCUCGGGCGCCGCUGGGGCCGUAGCUGUGGUUGGUCUGACCAGGAAACUGUGGCACCCGCGACAGGCCUUUCCGGUACCUCUGCAGGAGCAGGUGAGAUCGUGGUGUUGGGAAGUACAUCAGUGUUAGUUCUCUCAGAUUGGCAAUGGUUCGUAGUGGAAAAAGUGGUGGGCUUCACCUGAAGCAGAUUGCAUACUACAAGCGAACAGGGGAAUAUCAUCCCACAACAUUAUCAAGUGAAAGAAGUGGAAUCAGGAGAGCUGCCAAAAAAUUUGUUUUCAAGGAAAACAAGUUGUUCUAUGUUGGAAAAGACAGAAAACAAAUGCGCCUGGUAAUUGUUUCAGAUGAAGAGAAGAAAAAGGUCCUCGAGAAAUGCCACAAAAAUGCUGCAGGCACUCAUCAUGGUAUAUCAAGGACACUGACUUUAGUGGAGUCUAAUUACUACUGGACCUCUGUAACAAAUGAUGUCAAGCAGUGGGUGCAUGCUUGCCAGCAUUGCCAGGUGGCAAAGAACAUAACCACCAGAGUGCCCAAAAUACACCCUAUCAAAGCAGAGGACCCGUGGACAGCAGUCACUAUAGAGCUAAUGGGACCUUUCAGUAUUACCAACAGAAGUCACAAAUACAUCAUAAUUAUGACAGAUUUGUUUACAAGAUGGACUGUUAUCUUACCACUGCAUGACACUUCAGCGGCUGAAAUUGCAAAGGCAAUCAUAAAUGUGUUUUUCUUAUAUGGGCCACCUCAAAAGAUGCCUAUUGAUCAGGGGAAGGAGCUUGUUUGUCAGAUAAAUGAAGAACUGUUUGCACUGUUUGGAAUGAAGCAAAUUGUAUUGUCUUGUCCUCAGACACAUGAUGUAAAUGAAACAAUGUCCAAGACAAUCAAAACUUUCCUUAACAAGUAUUGCAUAGACCAUCCAAAUAAUUGGGAUGAACAUUUAUCUGCUAUAGCCUAUGCUUUCAAUUUGAGAAAUUUGGAGCCAGAUCAAAACACCCCGUAUUUCCAAAUGUUCAACCGUAACCCACGUGUUGUUGAGCCCAUGAAUAUACGUGUGAAAGGAGAAUACAGUAGUUUUGCCAAAGUAUUUGAAGCAACUAAAAAACUCAGUCAAGCACUGGAAGAAGACAAAACCUCAGAUUACCAGGCAGAUAAAAAAACUUCAGAUGAACAAAAAAUCAGAACCAAAAUCACAGUUAAAAGGAAGUCAAAACUAUUAAAUACCCUUCAACUUAAAGUUGGUCAUGAAGUCCUCAGGCAAAGAAAAAACUGGUGGAAAGAUGGUCGUUUCCAGUCGGAAUGGAUUGGUCCUUGUAUCAUAGAUUACAUCACAGAAAAUGGCUGUGCAAUAUUAAGAGAUUCCACAGGUUCAAGGCUGAAAAGACCCAUCAAGAUGUCUCACCUCAAGCCAUAUUUAAGAGGGUCCAGUGAAAAAGGCAACCAUUACAUUCUACAAGGUGCAGUAGUUUUUGACCAUGACUAUAUUGGCUUGUCUGAAAGAUCUAAUAAUUCAAGCCAAGCAGACUCUGUUGCUGAAAAAGAAAUAAAUACCUACAAAAAAGAUAUCAUGUCUGCUGUACAGAUUCCACCUGCAGCCUUCAAAGACCAAGAAUCAGCAGAUGGUAAAUAUGGGUCUGAGCUGAGAGAAGAUCAUUACAUUGAACCAAAUACUGCAAAGACAGAGCAAUGGCCUUCACCUUGUUGGACCCUUCAGACAAAGACAGAGGAUACUUAAGCAUAGUCUUCUAUCACAUUUCAUUGCCAUGCAGUUUGGAACUACUGUGGCAAACUGAAAAAAAAAUUAAUAGCUCCAACUUACUUAGCCCAGUCCAUUUUACUCCUUUAUGAAUCUAAGAGUGCUUCAGGUAUCUAAUUUGUCUGGGUGUUGAGAAAAAGCACUAGUAAAAGCAAAUAUUCUGAUCAUGCAUUUAAAUUCCAGAUUUUUUUUUGUAGAAUGGCGAUGUGGCCAUGCCUUACUGUUAUCCUCUCAGGACACAAUGCAUAAUUUCACUGUAAUGACCUUUUCCAUUUAAUCCUUGGAUGAUUUAUUCCUAAUGUGCACUGUGAGAUGAAUUAAACCUAAGCAAGUUGGUGUAAAUUUUCCCUCCA